AUGGAUAAUGAACAACGUAUAUUAGAAGAGCUAGUGAAGGCAAAAGAAAAUAUUAAACGUAAAUUUAAAAAGCGGGGAGGCUAAUAUUCGUGCAAAAGUAAUAAAAACUCUAGAUCCGGUUAUUGAACCUUUGAAUAGAAUACAUAAAACGCAGACAUUAUUAUCACUUAAACAUAGCGCUGAACCCCUACCGGAGGGUUAUAUUGAAGAAGAAGAAGAAAUCGGAGAAGGUGAAGUAGAAGGAAAAGAAGUAGAAGAAAUCGGAGAAGGUGAAGUAGAAGGAGAAGAAUUAGUAAAAAACGAUGAAAGUAUAGCCACGAGAAAAUCUAAAUAUAAUGCUAAACUAAAAAAUUGGUUUAAUUCACCCGAUUUCGAUAAAACGUAUGGUCCGAAGACAAUUCAUAAUCAAAUCAUUUUAGGAAAAAGUGUAAUUAAAUUCACUGAUGGAAAAAUAAUAGUCGUAGAUCUAAAAAAAAUCGAAUAUAAAACAACAAAGGGACUUUUACAAUUAAUUUUUCUGAAAUCUCCGAUUUCGUAUACCUCACACGAUUUAUAUUCGUAUAAGUAUAUACUAAAACAUACGUGCACUCAUUUAACAACCGAUGGAUCCAAGAUGAAAAAGGGUGGUAAAAAAUACCUAAACAUUAUAUCUAAAUUCUUUCCCUCCGGCAGUGGACUCCGAGUGAAAUUACAAACAAAUAAUUAAGUUUAUUGGGACAACCCAAACGAGAUAGUAGAUAGACUAAGAUUAUUAUUGGUAUCGCAAGCUGCUGGAAACACAGGACAACCUUUGCUUUAUAAUAGCUAAAAACUUCUUAAACUCGAAGCGGGGCUAAUAAAACGAAUUCCAAAUGUCUAAACGCGAGAUAACGUUUCAACUACAUAAACCGGCUAGAAAAAAUUUCAAUAGACGAAGAGUUAAUGUAUAUGGAAAAAAUGAUUUAUGAUCGAGCUGAUACCGUAUUCAAAGAAAAAUAAAGGAUAUAAAUAUAUACUAAGUGUCAUAGACUGUUUCACGAAAUAUGCAUGGGCUAUACCUCUGAAAUCAAAAACUGCGAAAGAAGUGACUAAUGCAAUGUCUACAAUAUUAAUUAAUCGAUCACCACAGUUAUUACAACUCGAUAACGGAAAAGAGUUUUAUAAUUCAAUAUUUGAUACGUUAAUGAAAAAGUAUAAUGUAAAAAAAUAUUCAACAUAUAGUACUACUAAAGCAUGUAUCUUCGAGCGGUUCAAUCGUACUUGAAAGAAUCUUACUUUGAAAGAAAAAAAUGUUUAGAGAAUUUACUGUAAGAGGAAACCAUAAUUGGUUGUCUAUUUUAUCCGCAUUGAUUAACGAAUAUAAUAAUACGAGACAUAGAACAAUUGGUAUGACACCGACAGAAGCUGAUUAUAAACCCACAUUAGUCCGAAUGAAACAUAAAAAUAUGUCUGAUAAAAGAAAUAAAUUCAAAGUAGGCGAUAGUGUACGAGUAAGUACACAUAAAGGUGUGUUUACGAAAGGUUAUCUACCGAAUUGGUCUACAGAGAUAUUCACUAUUGUUAAAAUAAAUAAAACGAUACCUACAACGUAUAUUUUAGAAGACUAUACAGGGAAUCCAAUCGCCGGUUGUUUUUAUGUCGAGGAAAUAAAUAAAACAGAGUUUACAAAUACCUACUUGAUCGAAAAAGUGAUCCGUAUAAAAGGACAGAAAGUUUUUGUUAAAUGGCUUGGAUUUGAUAAUAGCCACAACAGUUGGAUAAAUAAGAAUGCGAUCAAGAAAUAACGUUAGUCAUAUUUCAACCAUGAACGUGUUUGGAGCUACUAGAGAAAGUGAAAAAAAUAUAUUAUUUUCCGAGCUUGUUGUCUCAAAUAAAUCGAUUCAAAAUGAACUUACUUCAUGUAACCAGCAGACUGAUAAGCAUGAAAUCGAUAUUAAAUCACUGAAUAAAAAAUUAGAAAAUCUGAUAAAUCAGGUUUCUUUAAUCACAACCACUGUAGAUGAUAUACAACAAUUUAUUUGUAAGCUUUCGGGGGUGUUAGGAUCCAUUUCUGAUCUAGAAUCUAGAAUACGGAAUAUUGAAGUGUUUACAGCACCUCCACCACAGUAUGCGACGGAGUACACUGAAUCGAUGAAAAAGAAAAUAGAAAAAACGAUUACAAAAUCUAUACCUAAUGAUACACGCAAUAAUGAUUUAGAAUAUCAUCGGAAAGAGAAUUAUGGAGAAUAA